UGGCAGGGGCUGCGCGGCAGACCCGCGACACACGGCUACCUGCAGCUAUAAAUGGCGUGCGGGGCGCCGCAGAGUGCCGUGUGCAUCCGUCAUGGCGUCGCUGCGUUCGAUUCUCCUGCUGCUGCUGAGCGCGGCCGUCGCCUGUCUCGGUGGGACCUAUGACUAUGCAGAAGUGAUUCAGAAGUCUCUGCUGUUCUACCAGGCGGAGCGCACAGGCAAAUUAUCAGGAAUGGAUCCUUCUUUGUACUGGAGGAAGGACUCCUGCCUCGAUGACAAAGGCCAGAACGGAGAGGAUCUCACUGGUGGAUACUUUGACGCUGGCGACUACAUGAAGUUCGGCUUCACACUGGCCUACACACUGACGCUGUUGUCGUGGGGCGCCAUCAGCUACGAGCAGGGCUACUCCAGCGCCGGAGCUCUGGACGGCGUGCGCGACGCCAUCAAAUGGGGCACCGACUACCUGUUGAAGGCCCACGUCUCGGCCAACGAGCUGUACGUGCAGGUCGGCAACACGACCGCCGACCACAACUACUGGGGGCGACCCGAAGACAUGACGCUCGAGAGGCCUGCCUACAAGGUCGACACGGAACACCCAGGAACCGACGUGGCGGCCGAGACGGCGGCGGCGCUGGCUGCCGCGUCCGGCGUCUUCCGCUCGGUGGACGCGACGUACGCCGACACCCUGCUGCAGCACGCCAAGGAGCUGAUCGCCUUCGCGGACAACUACCGAGCCAUCUACACAGAGUCCGGCGCCAUACCAGACUCCGACGGCACGGCUUACCUCUCCAAAGGCUACGGGGACGAACUGGCCUGGGGCUACGCGUGGCUGGCGAAAAUUACCAACGAUCAGACCUAUCUGCAGCGGGCGGAGGAGGUGUACGAGGAGUUCGGACUCAUCAACAUAGGAGGCGGCCUGAACUGGGAGCAGAAGGCGUCAGGAGUUGACGCGGUGCUGGCCAACAUCUCCAGCAACGGGCAGUACCUGGAGCACCUGCGCGGCACCUGCAGCUACCUGCUCACCAACGAGAAGCGCACGCCCAAGGGCCUGCUGUUCCUCAGCGAGUGGGGCUCCCUGCAGGUCGCUGCCACCGUCGCUCUCAUGUGCCUCGAGGUGUCGAACCUCGGCCUGGACCAGGAGACGCUGCAGGCGUUCGCUAAGCAGCAGAUCGACUACGCCCUGGGCGACACGGGCCGCAGCUACGUCGUGGGUUUCGGCGAGAACCCGCCACUGCGGGCCCACCACCGCGCCGCGUCGUGCCCGGACUUGCCCGCCACCUGUGAUUGGACGCAGUACAGCACCACGGAUCCCAACCCGCACGAGGUGACCGGUGCCCUGGUGGGCGGGCCCGGCGAGAACGACGACUACAACGACGACCGCACCGACUACGUCCACAACGAGGUGUGCAUCGUCUACAACGCGCCCUUCAUGGGCGUCCUGGCCGCCCUCAAGCAGCUGGGCUACUGAGCGGCCGGCGCCCUGCAAUCUCGACAGCGGCGCCCGGCUCGAUGGCUCAUCGUUAUUUCUUGUAAUAUGGGCCAAGUCUACUGCUAACAACUAAAUCUCAGAAGAAAAGCUUGUCACCUCUCCUUUAAAAGGAUAGUGUCAAUACUAAUAAAUCUUGUUGUGAAACACUA